CGCUCUAAUUGGAUCAAGUAGGAACUUGCUUAGCUGGAUGCUUUGUGCUGGGAUUGGGAGCAGCCUGCAAAGAGAGCACGGACACACCACCAGACAGGAAGAGAAGCAGAGAGGGAGGAGGCCAGAGGCUGCCCUGCUCACCACUUGGAGAGGAAAGAUUGAGAGAGGAGGGGUGAAAGACGAAAAAGGGGAGUAUCCCGUCUUCUCUGCCCUUCUGUGCUACUGCAGCCCCCCCACCCCCUCCCUCUCUUUCUCUCUCUGAUUCUCUUUCUCUCUCUUUCCCCUUACUCAUCUGUUUCUGUGGCUGCGCUGAGAGGAAGGGCACCUGCCGCUCCCUGAUGAUUCAGCCUUUCAGCUGCUUGGAGCUCACAGACAAGACAGCAUGUCCCUUUUGCCACUGCAGUGCCUGGCCGUCCUGUCCUCUGCACUACAGCUACUGCAGCUGCAGCUGGCCCAUCACAUCGACACCACCUCUUCUGCCCAAGUGCUCAGGUGAGAGAGUGUUACUAUUCCACCACUGCUCACUACUAGACCACACAGGACAUUUAAGGAAUCUAAUUGCCUGGAAAUCUUUUUUAUUUUUGCCUACAGCAAAUUUGAUGUUUCUAUUUAUAGACUCAUGAUUCUGUUUCUUAUAAGAAAGCAUGCGUAAGGAACUCCUUUUCCUCUUGCGCAGAAGGCUGUCUACAUACCUCCAGGACUGUUAACAAGGUUCGACUCACUCUGAAGAGUAUUUUUACCUCUCCCUGAAAUCCUAGCUCUGACUCUGCAGCCUCAUGAUGGAAAACAUAGUCAAGGAGACUAGUGGCAGACAGCCCCCGUGUGAUGCUCUGAGUUAAUAGUUGAAGUGAUCAGAGACCCUUCAUCCAGCAGUUGAACAAGAUGACUGAGGGAAUGGAGGACAUCUCUGCAGGGCCAGCUCUCCCUCCUGGAUCGGCCUCCCCCACUGGCUCUACUGUUGAUACUGGACAAAUCCCAGAGGAGAAACCUGAGGAGACAGAGGCAGCUGGUGAGAGUGGGGAGGAGGGUGCUGAGGGAACUGCAGAGGGAGGAGGUGAUGAUGAUGGGGAGCAUCUGGGGGCUUUGGGAAUUGUGGCCUUGCCCGGGACCUGCUGUGUAUGCAUAGAGAUGGAACGGAUUAACAAUUGCCUGCAUUCUGAGAAAAUCUGUAUUUUGCCUAUCCUGGCCUGUCUCCUUAGUUUGGCCCUCUGCACAGCUGGCCUUAAAUGGGUCUUUGUGGAUAAGAUCUUUGAGUAUGAACCACCCACACACUUAGAUCCUAAACGCAUCGGACAGGACCCAAUUAUUAUUUCAGUUGACCCCACACUGGGACUCACUGUGUCGAUUCCUCAUUCAUCUCCAGCAACUGUCUCCUUAACCACCGCCAUCACCAUUACCUCAGGACAUCCUGAGGUUAUAGUGGAAGAGAAAUCUACACGAGGGCCGUACAUGCCUCAGACUCCCAGAGUGACUCAGUCUGAUUCCUCUGUUACACUGAAAUAUAACGCUGAACGUCCCACCAUCCCAAAGCAGACUCAGUCAACACAGGAAUUCAAUGACAACAUCAUCCCAACAAUCUCUGCCACCAGCACCACCACUACAGCCAAGACCUCCAGUCACGUGACGCGCUGCAGUGACAGCCAGAAGAACUACUGUGUUAAUGGAGGGGAGUGCUUCACACUUGAAAUCAUGCCAGGCAGCACAAAGUUUCUCUGCAGGUGCUUGGCCGGAUUCACUGGGCACCGAUGUGAACAAGCUGUGCUUAAGAAAGUCUCAGACCCAAAACAAGCUGAGGAGCUGUAUCAGAAACGUAUUUUAACAAUAACAGGAAUCUGCAUUGCACUCCUAGUCGUUGGAAUCAUGUGUGUGGUUGCCUACUGCAAAACAAAGAAGCAGAGGAAGAAGCUCCAUGACCGACUAAGGCAGAGCCUGAGGAAUAAGAGGAACAACAAUACCAAUACUGGUAUUGGCACCAACCGGGCAAGCUCAACCAGAGGACGUCAGAUUUCUAACUUGCCUCUUCAAGAUUUACAGCUUAAUCAAUGUAAUGGGAUGGCUAUACAGCAUGCAGCUGAGAAGGACACAGAAACAACCUUCUCCACAGGCAAAUAUGCCUUAUCUGCACAGGAAGCCACAACACUUACCCAGAUCUCCACCCAAAGGUUUGUAUCUGCAAUGACAUCCUCAACUCCACUGUCUCCAGAGUCCAGGACUACUCCUGCAACUCCAGGGUCUCCUCCAUCAGAGAUGUCAGCCCCCCUCUCCAGCCUGGCCAUCUCUGUCCCGUCAGUGGCUUUAAGCCCCUCUGGUGAGGAGGAGUGCCCUCUGCUGUUGUCGAACACCCGUCAGCUACAUAAAUCCUCCAUCCGAGAUGAACAGAAGAGGAGCUCUGCCCACUACAACCACGGUCAUGUGGCACAUAGCUUACCACCCAGCCCACUGUUUACUAUGGAGAAUGUUAACUACCAAGUCAUAGGUGACCAUGACACCACAGCUGCCAGCCAGGAGAUCUCAGCAUCACCUGGAAAGAUAAUUCAUACAAACAACAACAUCAGUAACUGCAGCACCAAAAGAGCAGUAAUCACCAAUGAUCAUGUGCCUCAUAAUGUGGUAUCCAGUGGUGACAGCAUGCUAGUGAGUGAAACAGAGGAGCCUAAGGGGGAACACACAGCUUUCCUUCUCACAGAUAGCACUACAGCCCUGUUGCUCAGGGCUAUGGACAGCAGCAGGACUAACCCAGCAUCAUCAGAUGAUGACAUGCAAGUCAAAUCAUCCAGUUCCACCACCUAACAAGAUCCAGUUGCUGUGUAA